AUCAAUAUGAGACUCUUUGGACGUGUGAAAGGCUGACAUGGCUCAUGUCGAAGGUCUCUCUGUUCAAUCAGAUUUUUGACUAUCUCUAAAACCUUCUUGGCAACAAUGGCAUUGUAUUUGGAAUGGUCCACUCAAAGCUCCCCAAGCCGCCAGGGACAGCCUAUGUUUCAAGUAUCUCUCCUUACAACACCCCAAGGUUCAAACCAGCCCUUCGAAUGGAACUCUGUUCAACGGCUUCGCCCGACCAUAACGGCCCCGAUGAACCUUAAUUCGACUUCAAACUCGACUGUUUGUUUCAACAAACAGUUGGUACCAUUUGGAAUCUUUUUAAUUCGACGUUUUCGUCUUGCGUCAUUGUUAGCUGCCGAGUGGGUUGGGGCGUCGGUCGGUCCAGCACUGCUGGCAAGACCAGACUGGGCGAAUCGCAUAUCCGGCAAGUCGCGUGCUUCUUUCUCCAAGUUUUUUAUUCGGUUAUUGAUGCAUGAUGACAUGCCGCGAAGUUCCGAAAGCAGUUGCCGAGCGGGCGACCGGCUCAACAAUCUUCGACGGAAUCCGAGACGACAAUGUGUUUAGCCGAAGAUCAUGACGCAGAUUUGCGGCCGGGGUAGAAGCACUCCGCGUUUGUGGCGGGAAUGAUUUGCGGCCUUGCAGGAAGAAUCCUAGUCAGCUCGG